AAACGAGUCAAAAAAGCCGCCGUCUCUCAGCCACUCUCUCUUCUCCUCCUCCAUAAAACCCCAGCCGAAAAAAACCCCAGCCGAAAAAACCCCAAAAACACACACACACACACCAAUCUUCCAAUUCCUAUUCUGUAAUUUAAUCGAACAGUUUGUCUUCAACCUGCGUUAUCGCCUUUCCGAACCGAGGUAAAGAUGGCUGGGAAGUCGAAUCGGGGGAGGAAUCGUAAAGGGUCGCAGCAAACUGCAGUGAAAUCUUCAGAGCAGGCCGUUUCUCCUGUGGAGCCAUUGAGUGAUAGUUCCAGCGCCAUACAGGCUAAUGGUGAUACGAGCUUGAGCGAAUCAAAUGACAUAAAGACAGAGGUUAAAGACCAGGAUACAGCAUCCCACCAGCAUCCAGGAAAACAAGCUGAUAUUCACCUGUAUCCUGUUUCUGUCAAAACACAAGGAGGCGAGAAGCUUGAGCUACAAUUGAGUCCUGGAGACUCUGUAAUGGAUGUUAGGCAGUUUCUUCUUGAUGCCCCAGAAACGUGUUUCUUUACUUGCUACGAUCUGUUACUGUACACGAAGGAUGGUUCUAUUCAUCACCUAGAAGACUAUAAUGAAAUCUCUGAAGUUGCCGAUAUUACUGGUGGAAACUGCUUUUUGGAGAUGAUUGCUGCUUUAUAUGAUGACCGAUCCAUCAGGGCUCAUGUUCACCGAACAAGAGAGUUACUUUCUCUCUCAACACUGCAUUCCUCGUUGUCCACAACGCUUGCAUUACAACACGAAACAGUGAAAAAUGCAUCAGCAAAUGUAGGAGAUCCGGUGAAAGCUGAAGUGCCAGAACUCGAUAAUUUGGGAUUUAUGGAGAAUGUUACGGGCUCACUCACAAGCUUAUUAUCAUCACCCUCCAAAGAGAUUAAGUGUGUUGAAAGUAUUGUUUUCUCUUCAUUUAAUCCUCCUCCAAGCCAAAGAAGGCUUUACGGAGACUUAAUUUAUUUGGAUGUGGUAACUCUGGAAGGAAAUAAAUACUGUAUUACGGGAACAACAAAAGCUUUCUAUGUAAACUCAAGCGCAGGGAGUAUUCUUGAUCCAAGGCCAAAUAAAGCGGCUUUAGAAGCAACAUCCCUUGUUGGACUUCUGCAAAAGAUUAGCCCCAAGUUUAAGAAGGCUUUUCGUGAAAUAUUGGAGCGCAAGGCCUCAGCUCAUCCAUUUGAAAAUGUUCAGUCUCUCUUACCACCAAACUCAUGGCUGGGCUUGUAUCCUGUUCCUGAUCACAAGCGUGAUGCAGCCAGAGCGGAAAACUCUUUGACUCUGACCUUUGGAAGUGAGCUGAUUGGCAUGCAAAGAGAUUGGAAUGAAGAGUUGCAGUCUUGUCGGGAGUUCCCGCAUGCUACACAUCAGGAAAGCAUCUUAAGAGAUAGGGCACUUUACAAAGUGACUUCUGAUUUUGUUGAUGCUGCCACUAGUGGUGCUAUCGGAGUGAUAAGCAGAUGUAUUCCGCCUAUUAAUCCAACAGAUCCAGAGUGUUUUCACAUGUAUGUUCACAACAACAUAUUCUUUAGUUUUGCUGUUGAUGCGGACCUUGAGCAAUUGCCCAGGAAGAAGGCAUUAGAACUAAACUCUAAACUGCAGAGCACAACCUCGGCCCAGAAUCAUUCAGAGAACAAUCUGCCACAAGGAGAUUCUACAGUACCGUUUGUAAACGGAUCUGCUGUUUCAAAUACGGAAAACGUUAGUGAUGCUGAGGCAUUGUCGGCUGACGUUCCUGCAGAGACUCAGUUGGCUGAAAGUGAGCAAGCAACAUAUGCAAGUGCUAAUAAUGACUUGAAAGGGACCAAGGCAUACCAGGAAGCUGAUGUUCCAGGCUUGUACAAUCUUGCCAUGGCCAUAAUUGAUUAUAGAGGUCAUAGAGUUGUUGCACAGAGUGUGUUGCCUGGAAUCCUUCAAGGUGAUAAGUCAGACUCCCUUCUAUAUGGGUCUGUUGACCAGGGCAAGAAAAUUUGCUGGAGUGAAGACUUCCAUUCUAAGGUGCUGGAAGCUGCCAAACUUCUUCAUCUGAAGGAACAUACUGUGCUCGAUGGGUCUGGUAAUGUUUUCAAGCUAGCUGCACCGGUUGAGUGCAAAGGCAUUGUUGGUAGUGAUGACAGGCAUUAUCUUUUGGAUUUGAUGAGAGUCACUCCACGCGAUGCAAAUUAUACCGGUUCCGGUUCCAGAUUUUGCAUUUUGAGGCCUGAACUAAUAUCUGGCUUUUGCCAUGCGGAAUCAGCUAAGAUGUCGAAGAGCGAAUGCCAAUCAGAACAGGAGAAUUCUGUUGUUUCAGAUUCUUUGGAGGUCAAUAGUGCUGAAGAGGUGGUGAAAGCUGAGGAGCAUGCAUCAUCAGCAACAACUGAUACACAGGUUCAGGAUGCUGGAAAGGGUGAAAAGGAAAACUGUCAAGAAUGCUGUUCUCACUCUCAUAAAGAAGAUUCAAGCAAAGACAUACUUUUCAAUCCUAAUGCUUUCACUGAAUUUAAGCUAGCUGGGAAUCAAGAGGAAAUCACUGCGGAUGAGGAAAAUGUGCAGAAAGUGAGUUUGUAUCUAAAAGAUGUUGUAGUGCCUAAAUUCAUAGAAGAUCUUAUUACCCUUGAAGUUUCACCGAUGGAUGGACAAACCUUAACUGAGGCACUCCAUGCACAUGGCAUCAAUGUUCGUUAUAUUGGAAAAGUUGCUGAAGGGACCAGACAUAUGCCUCAUCUAUGGGAUCUCUGUUCGAAUGAAAUUGUCGUCAGAUCUGCUAAGCAUGUUGUUAAGGAUAUUUUAAGAGAUACAGAGGAUCACGAUCUUGGACAUGCGAUUUCACAUUUUUUUAACUGUUUCUUGGGAAAAGUUCAGACUGUUUCUCCUAAAGGUGCUGCAAACAAUUCACAGUCCAAAACCCAGAAAAAGGUUCAUUCGGGUCAUCAUGUUUCUGGGAAGUCUUCCAAGGGACAAGCUAAGAAAAAUGAGGGAUAUUCAAGGAAGAAAGAGUCCUUGUAUUUGAGUAUGACUUCCGAUAGUUUGUGGUCUGACAUUCAAGAAUUUUCAAAAUUCAAAUACCAGUUUGAGUUGCCAGAAGAUGCCAGGAAGGGGGUCAAGAAAAUUUCAGUGAUACGAAAUCUUUGCCAGAAGGUAGGAAUUAGCAUUGCUGCUCGAAAAUAUGAUUUCGAUGCUUUGGCACCUUUCCAAGUUUCAGAUAUAUUGAAUGUCCAACCGGUAGUGAAGCAUUCCAUUCCAGUUUGUUCAGAAGCCAAGGAUCUGGUUGAAACUGGAAAAGUCCAAUUAGCAGAGGGAAUGCUCAGUGAGGCGUACACACUAUUCUCUGAAGCUUUCACAAUUCUGCAGCAGGUCACUGGUCCAAUGCAUCGAGAGGUUGCAAACUGUUGCCGCUACUUGGCCAUGGUGUUGUAUCACGCUGGAGAUAUGGCUGGAGCCAUAAUGCAACAGCACAAGGAACUAAUCAUAAACGAACGAUGCCUUGGACUAGACCACCCCGACACUGCUCACAGCUAUGGGAAUAUGGCUUUGUUCUAUCACGGACUUAACCAGACAGAGCUCGCACUGCGCCACAUGUCUCGCGCGUUGCUUCUCUUAAGCUUGUCAUCUGGGCCAGAUCACCCAGAUGUUGCUGCCACGUUUAUCAACGUUGCUAUGAUGUACCAAGAUAUCGGAAAAAUGGAUCCCGCCCUUCGUUAUUUACAAGAAGCCUUGAGAAAGAACGUGAGGCUACUAGGAGAGGAGCAUAUUCAAACUGCAGUUUGCUAUCAUGCUUUGGCCAUUGCAUUCAAUUGUAUGGGUGUAUUCAAGCUUUCUCACCAGAAUGAAAAGAAAACAUACGAUAUUCUCGUGAAGCAACUCGGAGAGGAAGACUCUAGGACGAAAGAUUCCGAGAACUGGAUGAAAACAUUCAAGAUGCGCGAGCUGCAAGUUAAUGCACAAAAGCAAAAAGGUCAGACUUUGAAUGCUACUUCUGCACAAAAGGCUAUUGAUUUAUUAAAGGCUCAUCCAGACCUGAUACAAGCAUUUCAAGCCGCUGCAGUAGCUGGCGGCACAACUGGUGGUUCUAGUUCCUCUGCAAACAACAAAUCACUAAACAGUGCAGUCAUCGGUGAAACCCUUCCGCCACGAGGGGGAAGAGGUGUCGACGAGAGGGCGGCUAAAGCUGCUGCUGAAGUGCGAAAGAAAGCAGCGGCAAGGGGUCUCUUGAUACGCCCGCACGGUGUACCUGUACAGGCUAUGCCGCCACUAACUCAGCUCCUUAACAUCAUAAAUUCAGGUAUGACACCUGAAGCUGCCGUCUCAAACAAUAACGAGGCCACUGACGGAGUUAAGAAAGAAGGCAACGGCCAUACUUCAUCGAACGGAGUGCAAGAUUCUGAAGUUGAUAAAUCGAAACAGGGUCAACAAGAGCAGGCUGCUCCUCCAGUUGGAUUAGGAUCGGGAUUGGCUUCUUUGGAAUCCAAGAAGCAGAAAACGAAAGGCAAAGCCACUUCUUGAUGGAAAUAUUCAUCGCACCAACUUUGUUUCGGUUUUUUUUCUGCUAGACGUAGUUCCUUUUUUUUUUUUUUCCCGAUAAUCGGAAAGAAGUUUUUCACUACUAUUGGAUUGAUUAUAGACAGCUCUAAUCUUGCACUCUGCUUCAAUAAGUUGGAGGUGCUUAUUUUCGGUGCCUUUGUAAUCUAUUCUUUCAAUAAGAAUUUUGCUUGAGAAGAAAUAAUGUGUAUUUCUUUUUGUAUUAGCCAACAGAUGGAAAAAAGUCUUCUGUUUGUUACAUUGUUUUUUUAGGGAAACACCAAUACAUUAUUGAUUUUUUUUUUUUAAUAAUAAUUUGCUUAAUAGU